CUCGGGAUCUAUUGUGCCCAACUCACUCGAGGUAGCGCGUGAGAGACGAACCAUGGAAGCAGAGUAGUGAUAUGUCAUUAUUUUAGGCUGUAGACGUUUUCUCCCCACUGCACCAUUGCUGAGGGAGAUCGAGAUCUGUUCUCUCUCUACUCACGCUCAAGGCCAAGGUCAUGAGAAACAUGGAAGGAAAGAAGACGGUGGCGCGCUGCGUCGUUGUUCUGUUCGUACUGUGCUGUGCGGUGCCGGCGCGACCGGAUGCAUCAGAUCACAGGUACAAGUCCGGUGAUGCAGUCCCUCUCUACGCCAACAAGGUCGGGCCUUUCCACAACCCAAGUGAAACAUACCGUUACUUUGACCUCCCCUUCUGUCUUCCAGAACAUUUGAAAGAAAAAAAGGAAGCUCUUGGUGAAGUAUUGAAUGGGGACCGGUUGGUCAGUGCCCCUUACAAGCUUGACUUUUUGCAUGAAAAGGACUCAGAAAGAGUUUGUGAGAAGACACUGUCAAAGAAAGAAGUUACACUAUUCCGUGAUGCUGUUGCCAAGGAUUACUACUUCCAAAUGUACUAUGAUGACCUUCCCAUUUGGGGGUUUCUUGGAAAGGUUGAUAGGGAAGGAAAAUCUGACCCCAAUGAUUACAAAUAUUACCUAUUCAAGCAUCUUCAUUUUGAGAUAUUUUACAACAAUGAUCGUGUGAUUGAGAUCAAUGCACGAACUGAUCCCAAUGCCCUUGUUGACAUCACGGAGGACAAAGAGGUUAAUGUAGACUUCAUGUAUUCUGUGAAAUGGAAGGAAACAAACACUCCUUUUGAGAAAAGAAUGGAAAAGUACUCUCAGUCUUCAUCGUUGCCGCAUCACCUGGAAAUCCAUUGGUUUUCAAUAAUCAAUUCUUGUGUGACAGUUCUCCUUCUGACUGGUUUCCUGGCGACUAUUCUUAUGCGAGUCCUUAAAAAUGACUUUGUUAAGUAUGCUCAUGAUGAGGAAACUGUUGAUGAUCAAGAAGAAACUGGGUGGAAAUACAUCCAUGGUGAUGUUUUUAGAUAUCCGAAGUAUAAAUCUUUGUUGGCUGCAGCACUGGGUUCCGGUUCUCAGUUAUUUACCAUGACAAUCUUUAUAUUCAUCCUGGCACUGGUUGGUGUGUUCUAUCCUUAUAAUCGUGGAGCUUUAUUCACUGCCUUGGUCGUCAUAUAUGCUCUCACUUCAGGGGUUGCUGGCUAUACUGCCUCCUCCUUCUAUUGCCAACUAGAAGGAACAAAUUGGGUCAGGAAUUUGUUAUUAACUGGGGCGCUGUUUUGUGGGCCUCUGUUUCUAACUUUCUGUUUCCUGAACACUGUAGCCAUUGCUUACAGUGCAACAGCAGCAUUGCCCUUUGGUACCAUUGUGGUAAUCUUUUUAAUAUGGGCUCUUGUUACUUCACCCUUGCUGGUCUUGGGAGGUAUUGCUGGAAAAAACAGCAAGGCGGAAUUCCAGGCCCCUUGCCGUACUACUAAGUACCCGAGAGAAAUCCCUCCUUUACCUUGGUACCGUGGGGCGCUUCCUCAGAUGGCCAUGGCUGGUUUUUUGCCUUUCAGUGCCAUAUAUAUAGAGUUGUACUAUAUAUUUGCAAGUGUUUGGGGCCACAGGAUCUACACAAUCUACAGUAUUUUAUUUAUUGUGUUUAUUAUUCUGCUGAUUGUCACUGCCUUCAUUACUGUGGCACUAACAUACUUUCAACUUGCUGCUGAAGACCAUGAAUGGUGGUGGAGAUCAUUCGUUUGCGGUGGAUCAACUGGGUUAUUCAUCUAUGGCUACUGCUUAUAUUACUAUUAUGCACGUUCGGACAUGUCUGGCUUCAUGCAAACAUCAUUCUUCUUUGGGUACAUGGCUUGCAUCUGUUAUGGCUUCUUUCUCAUGCUUGGGACUGUUGGUUUCCGUGCUUCCCUCUUUUUUGUCCGCCAUAUUUACCGCUCCAUUAAGUGCGAGUAAUAAUAACUAAGCUUUCAAAUGAGAAUUUGGAUGGUUAAUGGUCUUCUCCUUGCCCUACCCCUGUUAUGCUUUGCAGAUCUGCUGGGAACUCUGGAGUUUAGGAGAAACCAUUUAGAGCGUAGUUUUUUUUUAAAUUACUUGAGAAGAACUUUGUAUUGUCUUGAGCUAUGGCCGCAAACUUUCUGAUUUUGCCAGUUACACGGUUACACCCAGCGUAAUAUAAUUGUUUCUUGUAGCUUAUUAGUGUUUGCUAGUUAUCAUA